AUCAGGCGGCUUCUCCUUUAAGACAAACCGGGAAGCUGUAGCCACGUUUGACUGUAGGCAAGCAGAAACUAUGAUAGAUUAAUCUACAUGUUCUCUUUUUUGGAUGGGCCAUUGAUGCCGAGGCUUAGCUGUAACGUUACGCGCAAAACGUUUCAAAAUGACUUCACCUGAGGUCAUUACUUUCCUGCUGUUGGCCGGAUUUUUCAUUAACCAACCACUGUUAACAUUAGCAUGGGAUACAGACUUGGAGCUUUUCGACUUGGUUGAGGAAAUCCCCCAAACCUUCUACGAAUUCCUCUCAGUGAAUCGAGAUGCUUCAUCCUCCGAUAUCAAGAAGGCGUACCGAAAGCUUUCUCUUAUAUUGCACCCUGACAAGAACAAAGAUGAAAAUGCAGAAACCCAGUUCCGGCAGCUCGUGGCAAUCUAUGAGGUCUUGAAGGAUGAAGAAAGGAGGAAAAAAUACGAUGACAUCCUCGAGAAUGGUCUGCCUGACUGGAGACAGCCUGUGUUCUACUACAGACGUGUGAGGAAAAUGAGCAAUGGGGAGCUGGGCUUCCUUCUUUUCCUCAUCCUGACAGUGGGCCACUAUGCAGUCAUCUGGUCUAUUUAUCUAGAGAAGCAGCUGGAUGAGCUUCUGAGCAAGAAGAAGAAAGAGAAGAAGAAAAAGCAAAGCAGUAAGAUUACAGAGGAGAUAAAGUCCCCUGGUCAAGAUAAUAUUGAGAGAUCCUCAGAUAAACCACACUGGCAAGAUAUAUUACCACUUAAACUAAGCAUCUGGCUCUACCUUUCCGUGAAGUCUCUUCCUCAAGUCAUUCAGGAUGUGAAACAGUACUACAGGGACUACAAAGAAAUGAAAGUAAAGCAGAAAGAAGAAGAAGAGGCUCUGGCAGAACAGGAAGCACAACAAAGAGAGAAACGACCCAAAGUGAAGAAACCCAAAGUAGAAUUUCCAGUCUAUGAACCCUCUAUGGAUGCUGCCUAUGCGCCCGCCUAUGAUCAGGGUGUCUCGAUUGAAGACAUUGAAGAUCAGAUGGAUGACUGGCUAGAGGAUAGGAAGCAGCAGAAGAAAAAAAUGCCUGAGUGGACAGAGGAAGAUCUGUCUCAGCUGAGCCGCAGUAUGGCUAAGUUCCCUGGGGGCACGCCGGGGCGGUGGGAGAAGAUAGCUCAUGAACUGGGCAGAUCAGUGGCUGAUGUCACUGCCAAAGCAAAACAGGUGAAAGACAGCGUCACUAAUACAUCAGGUCUGGUGAAACUGUCUGAGCUGAAGAGUGGGACUGCACUGGGAAAGGGCUCCAAAAUGGGAGCACUGCCAGACAGCCUCAUGACACAGAGAGAGGAGUCCAUACUACCAGAGGAGUCAGCAGGGGGUGAGGAGUCAGAAAACAAACCGCUUAGGAGGCGUGUUAGAAAGAGUGCGAGCGGCACUGCAAAAGGGGAGGAAGAAAAGGUUAAGGGUCGCAGACAGAGGGACUUUGACCCGACAGCCUUGGAAGAAGACAGUGAAGAUGAGAAAAAAACAUCAGCUCUAGCACAGCCCAAAGAAAAAGCCAGUGCUGGUGAUGAUGUCUGGACCCAGAACCAGCAGAAGUUGCUGGAACUGGCUUUGCAGCAGUUCCCACGCGGUACCUCAGAGCGCUGGGACAGAAUCGCUAAGGUGGUGCCAGGAAAAACGAAGGAGGAGUGUAUGAUUCGUUACAAGCUUAUAGCAGAACUGGUGCAGAAACGGAAACAGGCAAAGAGCUGACCUCCCUGAGGCGACUUGCUAGCUUCUUUUCACAGUACCUCUCACCUGUCUUAUCAUGUGCCUUAGCUCUACCCAAAACAUGCAUCCAAAGUCACAGGGUUGCAGAUUACCUGGAAUGUUCAGCUAUAUACUUAAUUGUUACUGUUAGUCAUGGGGAGGAUCCUCACUAACCCCACUGUCACCGGAUAUUACAAGUGUCUUGAAUAAUUGUUUUUAUUUAUUUUAAUUCCUUUUUUUGUGCUGAAGUUGUUGUUUCUCUAUGCAAUAGACUUGGAAUGACCGAAUGAGGAACUAAGAGAUUCAGCAUUUAUACAGGUGCUUUUCUAAACACCUUGAAACAUAUGUUUUCAUUGGCACAGUUAUGUGUAAUCUUUAAUGUUUUGUUUUGUUGAUUUAAGUUUAAACAUAAAGUGUUUGCAUUCGACUUAA